UGGGGUGAAAGAGGAAAAUGAAGAGGAUAAAUAAAUUAAAUAAGCACCAGCUAGCAAGCUGUUUGCCUCCUUUAUCUUUCCGUCUCCUUCUCAUCUUUCCUCUCUUUCUCUGCAACUCUCUUGUGUUUGAUGUGAUUCUCUUCAUCACUAACCCUUUACAAAAAGAGAAAGCUCUCCGAGAGAUAAGAGCCAUGGUUUUCUCAUCCAUUCCAGGCUAUCUGGAUCCACCCAACUGGCAGCAACAGCCAUCUAAUCAUCAUCAACAACAAGGAGGUGGCACGGAUCAGAGUUCCCAUCUUCUUCCGCCACCGCCGCCACCUUCUGGAGGACCUGGAGAUGGUAAUGGUGGAGCAGGCACGAUCAGACCUGGAUCCAUGUCUGAUCGCGCCAGACAGGCCAAGUUGCCGCAGCCCGAGACAGCCCUAAAAUGUCCACGAUGCGAAUCCACAAACACCAAGUUUUGCUACUUCAACAAUUACAGCCUCACGCAGCCGCGCCACUUCUGCAAAACUUGCCGGCGCUACUGGACCCAAGGAGGAGCGCUGAGAAGUGUGCCGGUCGGAGGAGGCUGCAGAAGGAACAAAAGAAGCAAAAGGUCAAAGUCACCAGCAUCUGCAUCAGCAGCAGAUCAUCAUCUCCAGCGCCAAGGCGGAGCUGGUACGAGCUCCAGCACUGUUUCAAACUCCAACAGCUGCAGUACUAGUGAAAAUCUCUUAGGCCAUCUGGCUGUUCCGCCACAUCAAUUUCCUUUUCUGCCAUCUUUACAUCAUCUAAGUGAUUAUAGUUCCGGCGGCUUAAGUUUCGGUGGGAUUCAACAACCUUCUGGUGUCGAAUUUCAUAGUCAGAAUAUUGGUGCCAGUGGAAGUAGUGGUGGUGGUGUUAGGUCUAUUUUGUCAACUGGACUUGCUGAGCCCUGGAGAUCAUCGCUUCAGCACCAACAGGUUCAACAAGGGCAGCAAUUUCCUUUCUUCCCUAAUUUGGAGCCACCAAAUGGUCAUGGGUUAUUCCAGUUUGAAGGUAAUCAAAAUAAUGCUCAGGAUAUAGCGAAUUACGGAAGAGGAGGUGGUCAGCUCCGUUCGAAGACAUUAGUUGAUUCAAGCAUUGGGGUUACACCGGUGGCUAAUGUGAAAAUGGAAGAAAGCCAAGUGUUGAAUAUGUCAAGAAAUUUCUUGGGUAGUCUUGGAAAUGAUCAUCAUCAGCAAUACUGGGGUGGUACUACUACUAGUUCUGGUGGCAUUAGUAAUGCCUGGACUGAUCUUUCAGGUUUCACUUCUUCUACCAGUCAUCUCUUAUAAUGUUUUGAUGAUCAUCUAGGCCUCUGAUCGAGUUUCCAACCAACAAUUAAGCAACCUUAACCGUUGAGAUUUAUCGAAUUUUCAAA